AGAAAUUCGAUCUAUCGAGUAGCAUCUGUGUCCAAGAUGUUCACAGCCCUCGAGACUCUAAUUUUGCGUAAUCGUGGCGUUUUGAACCUAGACGACCCAGUUGACAAACUGCUUUCUCUCACAUAUCACACGAAUUAUGGGCCCAUCACGUUUCGCCAGCUUAUGAGUCAUAUGUCUGGGUUAAACACAUUUUCUCCUCCUGGAGAUGCCAGCGGGUCAUGGCCCAAGUCACCCGAGGGAGAAAGUUCCUCUGGCCAUGCUACCCUCGCGCAGGUUCUGGAGUCAAUAGCAUCUCACCGCCCGAUUGCGCCUCCAUAUACUUUCCCAGUUUACUCCAAUACUGGAUACAAACUCCUUGGGUUGGCUAAUGUUGCUGCAAACCGGGCAUUCGAAAACCACACUGAUGCUCCCUCGACUCAUGCUGAACUGAUGCAUCGCGACGUGUUUACACCUCUUGGUCUUAAAGAUAGCUCCUUCUUAACGAGCCCUACCAACCGAGCGAACGUGGUCGUGCCAUCCAUCCAACCUGGAGAUAUUGAUGAUGAUCACGGGGAUGCUUCCAACCCAUCUGGUGGUCAACUGAGCUCGGUGUCCGACCUCGUGAAGGUGAUGCAGACAUUAAUAGACCCUUCUCGGCCGGAGAGUGCCAUCCCUGCGAUUACCGUCAGGGAGUGGUUGAGACCUAUUCACUCUUGGGUUGACGAUUAUACUGCAGUAGGAGCCCCUUGGGAGAUAAUCAAGCCAAAGGAUUCUUAUGGUCGGACGCAGCCACUGUAUCAGAAGUUAGGCGAAAUGCCAGGCUAUCACUCAGGGUUCAUUAUCAAUCCUACUAGCUCCUACGGGAUCAUCAUCCUUUCUACUGGACCCAUGACGCAGACCAUUCCGCUCACUAACUUGAUUUUUGACCAUGUUCAACCUGCAUUUGAUGCGAUAAUGGAGGCUGAGGCUCAUAAGUCACUCGUUGGGUCUUGGCUUUCUGACGAUGGACAGGACAACAUUGCCAUUGAUAUUGAAGCCGGCUCGCUCUAUGUCACUCGAUAUAUAUUAAAUGGUACCGACGUUUUGGCUGUCAUGCACAACCAUAUUGGAUCUGGGAAGCUUCCCCUUUGGCCAACAAGUGAGAAUGAAUAUCGGUAAGUGUCAAGUGAAAUAAGUCGGGUCUCAUUUAAUGCUUUUAUCUUGAAAUCAAAUUAGGCUCGCAGUUCCGUCACCCUACGGUGAUUGCUUCUUCU